AUGAUUGAGCAUGAGAAGCUUAGUGGGGGGUUGUUCACUAUCACCAUAAAUGAGCCCUCGAAGUUGAAUUCGCUCACGUUGAGCGACUUCACGCGAAUUGCCAAGCUGAUACAGCAGGCCGACGCCGACGACGAGAUCAUAGCUGUGUUUCUUCAGAGUACCGGCAGGUUCUUCUCUUCCGGUGCCCAGUUCGAUUACUUUGGUGAAUUUGAGGGCAUGGAGCCCGAGAAGAAAGAGCAACGAUUGCGUUCGGAGAUCGCUACGAUGAACGUUUAUGUGGCAGAUGUGUUUGCACAGCAUAGCAAACCGCUUGUGUGUUGCUUGAACGGGCCUGCGAUCGGGCUCGCUGCCUCGUUGGUGCUGCUUUGUGACAUAGUAUACGCGAUGAACGACCAAGUGUACCUGCUAUUCCCCUUCAGCUCGUUGGGAUUCGCAGCAGAGUUGGGCUGUUCUGUCACGGCACCGUUGAAGCUGGGCAUCAACAGAACAAAUGAGCAUUUCGUGUUCAGCACAAAGAUCCAGUACAAGGAUAUGCUGCAGGCGCGCCUGAUUGCAAAGGACUUCCAUCUCCGACCGGGAAAGACAGCCGAGUUCAACAGUCAGGUUCACACGUUAGUCCAGGAAUCGCUUGAGGGUAAAAAUAGGCACGCUAUGCUGAAUAUUCAGCAGUUGCUCUCCCAGAAGGAUGCACUGGUCAGGGCACAAGGCCGCGAAACUAGCGUUACUUUGCCGUUCUGGCUACACGGCGAACCUCUCAAACGGUUCAAACAGUUGCAAACACGGCAGAGAAAGCAUCGUCUGUAG